CCCUGGUUAACAUGCACCUAGCUACCUAGCAUAACAGGUCAACAGUAAACUGGAGUGAGGAGUGUAAAUAACGUAGUUAGAGGGGAAAGAAAAACAAAGAAAUGAGUGGAGGAGGCUCCAUUUUCCCCCUUUGCCGUAUGGAAGUGAAGGCGUCUCUCCGAUUGUGACCGCUGAUCUUUGGAGCGUCACAGUGACAAGUGACCAUCAUGCAUCCGUUCGGCCGUGAGGCUGAGACCUCCCUUCAGGACCUCUUUGAGUACUUUAAGAGGUGCCUGCAGCAUGCAGAGUGGGAGCUGGCUGGUGCUUGUGUGCCACAGCUGGUCCAGUCCACAGGAGGACUCUCAGAGGAGCUGCGGGAGAUUAUCAAUGUCAUCAUCUGCCAUCCUUAUAACCUGAAAUGGGAGUCUGUUGGGAGUCCACACCGGCUGGCCUGGUUUUGGCUUCAGGUUUUGGAGAAAUGGACAGAAGAGAAGGUCCCAUCAAACACCAGGAGAGAGCUUGAGUUCCUGCUGCUCCUGGAGGAGCUGGGAUCAGAGGGCAUACCGGAGACCACUCUCAAGGAGUUGCACCAGGCAUUUUUGGAGACACAGUCUGAACAAAAGGUCUCUCCUGGUCCAAAUGCAACAGACGCUGCCGUGGAGUCUUGUCUGCAGACUUUAUUGGAGAAAAGGAAGCCAAGACUUGCUCAAUCUUUGGCACAAUUCUUACAGGACCAGUGCUACCCAGAGGGCCUCAGCCUGCAGCACACAUUCAUCACGCACUUGUCGAAGAAGCUCGGAAAGCCUGAGAAGAGGCAGGAGAAGGGGGACGACUGGGCGGAGGAGAUCUACUCCGUGCUGUCUGUGAUGCCGUGGAGCUCUCAUCGAGGUGGCGGGCAGCUGGAGGGGCUGUGUGAGGCUCUGUGGGCAGCCAGAGAUGGACCGCUGAAAGAGGAGAGGGUCCUGAACUCGCUGCUCCGCCCGCACAGCGACGCUCUGGUCUCUGUGUACUGCUCCACCGCUCUGAGACUGCAGAGGGAUCAUCUGCUGAGGAGUGCGCCACAAACUCAAGUGGAUCUUCCAGAAGCAGAGAAGUUGACCCUGAGUUUGUGCAGCCACAAAGAUCGUCCAUCAAUCUGGAGAACCAUUUACUUUGAGUGCCUUAGUAGUGGAAAACACUUCCUGGAGCAGGUCUUGGUCACUGCGCUGGACCUGAUUAAACAGGAGGAGUUUCCUCAGCUCAAAGAUUUACUGCAGCUGGAGUUUCAGCCUCUGUCUCGUCUGCUUUUACUCCUGGGAUGGACUCAGUGUCGCAGUCUGAGCUCAGCUCAAACGCUGCUCAGCGUCCUUCACCGAGAGCAGGCUCCAGCCAACGACUCCGUCCUGCAGGAGUUCGCCAAUCUUUUGUCCUCUCAGCUGGGAAUACUGGAGUGGUGUAAAAACAACAACCUAGGAAUUUCCACUGAAGCAUUGCUGGCUCAGCUUUACACUCUGGAUAAUCACUCCGCUCUCUACAUCCUUCAUUCUCUGACUCCGCUGGCUCAGUUUGAAGAGCGGAAGAUACUGGAUCUGCUGAAGCAACUGCCAAAUUCUCCAGGAACUGGUGAAGAAGACACUGAGAAAGUCAAUCCUCUCGGUCCUGGUGUACAGAGAAACAUAAUCCUGUUCCAGGGUUUCUGUGCCAUGAAGUACGCCAUCUACGCUCUCUGUGUGAACGCACACAAGUAUUCGGUCUGCAGUGAGUGCGAGUCCAUGCAGCAGUCUUCUGAAGCAGAAAUGGACCAAAGCCAAACCUCAGCUUCCUCAAACGGUUGCCAUUUAAUGUUCAAGCACUUUCUGUCGGAGUGUCAGCUCUACCUGGAGGCCGUACCUGCCAUGUUUCGCUUAGAGCUCCUGGAGAACAUCUUCUCCCUUCUCUUUCUGUCAACCUCUGACUUUGCCCAAAAAGACUCUAACCCCAAUCAGAGCACUCAGCCAGAAUGUUCCACAAACGUGGAAUCAGAGAUAAAACUAAAGACUGAAGAGGCUGAGAACAGCAGAAAGGACCAGAAGCUGCUCUCAAACUCUACAGCAGCGGCCUACUGCAGUCACCUGGAGCUGGGUCACUUCAUCCAGGGCUGCAGAGGGUUUCUGGUGGACGUGACCGCCACGGAGGGUUUCCUGAAGCUGCUGAAAGAAGGAUUAGAGGGCAUGUGUGUGGUCGGUCAGCAGGAUGGACAGGAGGGAGGACGAGCUCUGCCCAGAGAGGCCGAGGUGGCUGAGAGCCUCGGCUGCUCGGUGACGGCUGCGACAUUUGGGGCUCGCCUGCAGAGAUUAUCCAAACGCACGGCAGAGGCUCAGUGGAGGCUGCAGAUCAUCACCAGCAACCAGGGCAGCGGAAAUGGUCCAGAGAGCCCUCUCCAGAUGUCAUCAGUCAGCUGUCAGGUGACUCCUCUGGGAACCAGCAAGAGCUCGAGUCUGAGGAGAAGGAAGAGGCAUAGGAGACACUCGAUAGAGAGACAAACCUCCACAGAGAAACAUAACGGAGAAGUCAGCACAAGCACAUCAGACGGUGGAGGAGGGACAGCAGCAGGCUGUGUGGAGUUGGAGGUCUGUCCAUGUGGCGGUCCACAUAGCUGGCUCGUCCCCGCUAUGUUGUCUCCUCCAGAGUCUCUGCUCAUGUCCUGCAUCCGCCGAGGGAACUUCAUGGAGGCACAUCAGGUGUCUCUGGUGUUUGAUCUAGAGGCGUCUGCUUGCUGCGGCGAGCUUGUGUUCAUGGAGCGCUACAAAGAGGUGCUGGUGGAGCUAGGGAGAGUGGAGCAGAAGAUGGAGAGUCGGUCUAUGUCUUCAUCUUCAUCGUCCUCCGAGGGUUUGGGGACCCCGGCUGUUUCAGGCACAGGGCGGAGUCGGCUUGGCAGCAGCGGGAGAUCAACCCUACAGGCCAUCGGAAGUGCUGCUGCUGCAGGCGUAGCCUUCUACUCCAUCUCAGACAUAGCAGACCGUCUCCUCAGCACCCCCGCUCACCCGAUGCCCUCACUGGAGGAGGGAUACUGGCUGAGCCGCUGUUCUUCAGACCCGUCUGGGCUCCUGUACACACUUUUGGAAGAGCUCAGCCCUGCAGCCAUGGCCGCCUUUGACCUGGCCUGCUGCCACUGUCAGCUCUGGAAAACGUCCCGUCAGCUGCUGGACACUGCAGAGCGUCGGCUCAACAGCAGCUUGGAGGCUCGAGGAGUGAGAGUUGACCCGAAGGUUCCUCACUCAGAGGGGAUUUGUGGAUUUCCGAUGGUGUUACAACAGAUCAGCAAGAUCCUGAAUCAUUCUGCCACCAAUAAGAGCUCAGUCAAAGCAGAAGCUGCUGGUGAGGACCAAACGUCCACCAGCCCGUUUGGUUGCUGCAUCCAGGAGGUUCUCCUCUGCUGCCACCCCAUUCUGGCUGAAGAGUGCAUUGCUACUCGGCUCGGCUUAACUCAGCGUUUGGAGACCACCCUGAACAUCCUGAGCACUGCUACAGACGGAGCAGAGGGCAGAGUGGGCAGUGCUCUCCUGGCUCUGUUGGUCGAACAGGCCGGUCUGAAGCAGGCUGAGCUGGACACUCAUCCCGUACGCUCCAGCAUGAAGCAGCUGCUGCGCUCUCUGGAUCAGCUCUGCCCCUUCGAGCCAGACGGAGAACUCGCCAGACCAGACUUUGUGCGCAGUUUCCUUGACUACAUCAACACACUGGCAUCCGUGCUGGUGCGCAGCCUCAGUUCAGAAGACCAGAUCGGUGAAGUGAAGCUUGGGAAUCCUUUGCUGGUGUUGCUUCAGUCUCCGUUUCAGCUUCUUUCUCACCUGCUCUUUGACAGACAGGUGUCUCCUGACAGGGUUCUGUCUCUGCUGCAGCAGGAAGGUCUGCGCCUCAGUGUCCAGCAGGUGAUCGUCCAGCGAUGCUGUGAGACUCUCCCUGUGUGGAUCUCCUGUCUGGAUGAGGAGAGAGAGUCUAAUGAGACUAAAAACGAGGACAGCAUGUUCAGCGUCUCCAGUUUGUCUGUCCUGCUCCAGCAGCACGCUCAGGAGCACAUGUCCACUCUGGGACUCGCAGAGUCUCACUCUGACACCAGCUCUGAUUCUGAAGGUUCAGCAGAGGAUCUUUCUCCUCUCCUCCCCAGCCUCUCCGCAUCACCCACCAACCUCUCCACCUCACCGCCAUCCCAGUCAUCAUCCUCCUCCUCUUCCUCUUCAUCAAACUCUUUUCUCAUCACACCGUCAGCCCUGUCUUUCCUCAAAUCUCGCUCCCCUCUACUAGCCACCCUGGCCUGCUUGAGUGCCUGCAAAGGGGAAACAGCCCGCACGCAGUCCUCAGGGUGGUCUGGUUAUUUCCGAAGCGGCCGUAAAGAGGUGGUUCUGGAUGGAGAGCAGAUUUCACGUGAAGCAGAUAACCUCCUGAAGGACUUUCCUAUCCUCCAUGCUUACCUUCACACCAUGGCUGAACCCGUCCUGGGCUCUGUGUUCAGUGAAGGGGAGGAAGGACUGGGGGCAGUUGUUUGUGGGAAACCCCUCGUCAACCUCCUGCUGUCAGGGCCGCAAACUGAAGUCACUCAGGCUGUGGCUGCCGAGGCUUUCCAGAAAGCUCUGUCCUCUAGAGACCUGUGCCGAGCGCUCAGUCUGCUGGAGCUGUACGGGCAGGGCUGCAGCGAGGAGGGGGCGCUAAGAGACCGGCUGCUGGCCUGUGCUGCUCUAGAAGACGGAGAUGAGAGUAUAGGUCAGCUGUUUCGUGUUCAGGAUGCCAACCUGCGAGGUCGUGUAGCUCUCCAGGCUCUGGAGCGCUGGCCUCUGUCAGCCUGUCUGGAGCUGCUCGAGUUCUGCCUCAAUGAUGAGAACACUGAGAGCUUACUGAGGUUGGACCUAGAGCUCAAGAAGAAAGAGCUGGACAUCUACCACUUGAUGCUGACUCUGCAGCCUCCUCUGCCUUUGGCGACUUGGCAGGAGCUGAGGACCGAGUCAAAGACAAACUCCGAGUCGAUGUUGUCGAUGAUGGUGGAGGCAAAAGAGUUUGAUCUCUGUGCCCGGUGGGUUGAGCUCUAUCCUGUUUCUGAGCAGCUGAGGCUGCAGCUGCAAACAGAGCAUUUGCUUCAUCUGCUAGAGAACGGACACAUGGAUGAGGCUUUCCAGUUACUGGAGGGUAUUCCAGAUUUCGCAGUCGGCUUAGACGUCUGUGAGCGCGCUCUGGACCGCCGCCCCGGAUUGGCUGCCUGUCACUUCCUGGCUGAUUACCUCACUCUGCAUUUCCAGAGAGAGGUGUCUCCUGCACGACGGCAGCACAUCCACGCCCUUCAUCUGGGCUCCAAGGUGUUGCUCACUCUUCCUCCAGCAGCCCGUCAGGACUACUUCAACCUGCUGUCAGAGCCGCUGCUGAUGCUCGAGCAGCUGCUGAUGAACCUGAAGGUGGACUGGGCAGACGUGGCUGUGCGAACCUUGCGGAGCCUCCUGAUUGGUCAGGAGGCUGGUUUUGGAGCUGAGGACAUUGAUAAGCUUCUCUCAGAUUACGCCUGCAAGGCCCUCGACUUCUCCUGCGCCCCUAGAAGGACAUCUCGAUCCGACUCCUUAGCCAGCCUUCCGGACGCUCUGCUUCAGUGUCCUGCUCAAGACAACGUCUCCAUUUACAGCCAAAUCGAGUCUCCAGCACUGUCCACAGGUAGCACCCCUUCACACACAUUCUCCUACACCGGCUCAGACAGGGAGAAGGACCGUGUCUCAGCGGGGAGGAAACGCCGCACGCCCGCCAAGUUUCAGCCUCCAGAACAACCGCCAGCCCGUAAAGACUGGGUCCCUGACACCCAGCAGCGCGUGUGCAUGGUCUGCAGACGAGAGAGGUUCACCAUGUUCAACAGACGCCAUCACUGCCGCAGAUGUGGUCGUUUGGUUUGUCACGCGUGUUCGGAGCAUACGAUGCCAGUGGAGGGCUGUCCAGGAGAAGAAGUCAGAGUCUGUGACCAGUGUUACGCCUACUUUCACCCUGUUUCUGAUGAUGAGCUGGAACCGGCUGAAGUAGCUGGAAGCCCCGUGGUCACAGAGGAUGUUCUGGAUGGGAUGCUGCAUCUACCUGAAGUGGUUCAACAACAGAUUCAACUCAGCACAAACUCUGCAGAGAACCAGCUGCUGCGGAGCGAGUUUUACUAUGAACAGGCUCCCAGUGCGUACCUCUGCGUGGCCGUCCUGUCCCUGCACAGCGAUCAGACAGCCUGCGGGCACCAGCUCAUCAGCCACUGCCGUGCUCUGUCCCGUAAACUGACCAAUCCCGAGGUGGACGCCUGCCUCCUCAGUGAUAUCAUGAGACAGCUGCUGUUCAGCGCCAAGCUGAUGUUUGUGAAGGUCGGCCGCAGCCAGGACCUCGCGCUGUGUGACAGUUAUAUCAGCAAAGUAGACGUGCUUAAAAUCCUGGUGACGGCCAACUACAAGUAUAUUCCCUCUCUGGACGACAUUCUGGAGACUCCUGCUGUCACUCGUCUCCGAAACCAGCUGCUGGAGGCCGAGCACUACCAGCUGGCUGUAGAGGUGUCUACCAAGAGCGGUUUAGACCCGGGUGCUGUCUGGCAGGCGUGGGGGAUGGCGUCUCUAAAAGCAGGGAACCUCUCAGGAGCGAGGGAGAAGUUUGCUCGCUGUCUGAAGGCUCCAGUAGACCGGAACCAGCUGAACCUUGGUCCUCUUCUGCUGCAGGAGAUCAUCCAGCAUCUGGAGAACAACGUGCAUCCUACUCUGGCCACGCCGUUCGGUGAGGACAUCUUGGCAUCUCUGUGGGAGCUUGAGGACGCUCUGUGCGAGGCCAGCACUCCGGAGCGACCAGAGACUCCGACACAGAGCGUCUUCCUCCAACAGGAGUGUCUGUACUACCUGAACACGUACGGCACUCACCUGGCACUGAUCAGCUUCUACAUACGCAAAGACUGCAUGACAGAAGCUGUGACCUACCUGCUCAACAAGGAUUGUCCGGAGGAGGUGUUUCUGGAGGGUAUUCUGCAGCCCAGUCUGCAGCGGGGGAAUCUCAGCACUCUGCAGGGCAUCCUGGAAAAGCUCGACCCCGGCUUGGAAACAUGCAGCCGCUACCUCAUUGCCUCCUGCCAGUUUCUGCAGCGACGAGGAUACUACAAUACCCUCUACCAGAUCCAGCAGUUCAUGAUGGAUCACGUGAGAGCGGCCAUGACUUGUAUUCGCUUCUUCACACAUGGAGCCGGUUCAUAUCUUCAGCUUGGAGAGCAGCAGCGGUGGCUUGUCAGAGCCAAAGAACACCUGAGGACGUACCUGCAGGAGCAGCAGGGUCGAGGUGCCGGGAGGAGGAGGUCUCAGGUCAACUCCUUCAGGAAGAUGAUGUCUUCCAGUGACGUGUCCAGACACAUGAACACAAUCGAGCUCCAGCUGGAGGUGACUCGUUUCCUGCACCGCUGUGAGACUGCCGGCACCUCCAAGUCUCCACAGACCGGUACAACUUCUUCCAAGUCCUCAGGAUCCAGCUCACCCCCUACACUGUUUGGAGGGAGUCCUGUGAAGGUGGAGGUGGCCUGCAAGGUGAUGCUUGGAGGGAAAAACAUAGAAGAAGGUUUUGGUAUCGCUUAUAGAGUCAUACAGGACUUCCAGCUGGAGGCCCAGGCAGUGUACGUGCGAGCGGGCCAGAGGCUCAUCCGUCAGCGUCAGUACGGAGCCGUACGGCAGCUGCUCAAAUGUGUGGGUGAAUCAGGAACGGCCACCAAAAACGACUGUGACGCCCUCAUCCUCAGCUGUGUCUCUGUGGCAGAUAAAGGACCGGCUGAUGCCAAGGAGGUAGAGAGUCUCAUUCUGGAGACCAAGAGCACAGAAACUAAGAUCAAGGCCUACCUGCUGUGCAGUAAACUGCGCCCUGCGUACCUGCUGGCAGUGAAGCUGGAGUCGAGCCGGGCGGGCCCGCUGGUCCAGGACGUCCUCCAGGCUGCAGAGGGAGCUCAGGACUCUGUGAUGCAGGGUAUCUGUCACCAGUGGCUUUCUGAACACCACCACAAGUCGACUCAGCAGCGACCGGGCCGAUCUAAUGCCAGCAAGCACAAUGAAAGCUGCAGGUAUGGUUGCUGUUAACAAUGCACAUGAUGGCUGUCGCUCGUCCCCACAGCUUUGACAUGCCAGCUGUGCACAUCUUCAAAAAUUAAUGAAACAUGGACAUAAGAUUCAGUUUGCACGUGUGUUAGAAGCUGUGUGGAGGAGGAGGAGGUGUUUCAAUCAGCAGAGACAGCAAUGGCUGACAGCUUUAGAGACAAACUGAUGAAGCCCACAGUUCUUCACGUUUACGGUGUGUCAUUGUCACGCAAAGAAACAAACACUGGCCAGUUUGUUAAAUUCUGUUUUAAAGUUGAUGUAUAAACCUGUAGGAUCACUGUUUCAGUCUAAUCAGUGACUGUUUAAACUGCUGACUUUCAGAUGAGUGCAUCCACGACUGUUUGCAUUGUUUACAUAUUAGAUGAGGAUUUUUUUUAACACAAUAACAAAAAAUUACUCAGAGAGACUCCUCCUUUUUUAAUCAGCUGCGUGAAAAUGUCAAUUACUAUCGCCAGUGUUCCUGCAGAUCCUUAGAGGAGAUUUUUAAAAUUUAAGCUGUCUUAUAUAGUCUUAUUUUCACUGGAGAGGCCUUGAAUUUGACUACAAUGUGUGAAUACUUUAUCAAAAUUACACUGACUAAAUAGCUUUAUGACUUUUUUAUCAUUCUUUUGAUAAUGUGAGAACAAAGUAUUUAUGACAGUUUUACUUCAUAAGAAAGGAAUUUGAGCAUAAUUAAGAUUAAGCAAACUUCUCUUUAAGAUGAAUAAUUGCAAAGGGAACAACAGUUAUUUUGCAGCCUGCAAGACAUGCAACAAAUGUAAGCUUGCACCAUGUCCUAACUACAUGUGAGUUUCAGCUGCAGCAUGCAGGUGAUGCGGUGCAGCUUCUCCCCCUUCUCUUUGGGCCUGUUUGGCUCGCACUGAAAUGGAUGAGGACCAAGGAAAGAGGGAGAUGAGAGGGAAUCAGGAGGGGUAACAGAAAAGAAUAUUUCCUUGAUUUUCUUUCACUUUUCUCUCUAAACGGAGCUUGCUUUACAAAGCUGAGAUAAUUUAUGAUGCCUCUGUCUGCAUUUGAAAUGCCAUGCUCUGACUGGUGUCCACAUUAAGAGGAAACUAUGUGGCUCACAGUUCUUAAAGGCUCGUCAAUACAGAGCACCACACUUCUGUUUCUUUGCAUUUACAUAAAGGAAAAGGUGUCACACUAUUUCAAAGAAGGCCUAAAAUUUACAGCCCAGGGAAUUGAGUUUUUAACAGAAGCAGUGUGGACAGUGAGCUUGCAAUGCUGAGUGAUGUCUGACACUUGCAUGCUGUUAGGACAGUUUUCUGACGGCAAAUCAGUGUCACUGAGUCCCACCUGAAAUCAGCGAAGCCCCAGCAGAAUGCAAAAAUUGCAUUGAUUUUAUUAAUUUUUUUAAUUUGGAUUUUAAAAAGGCGAUAAAAAGUCUUGAAUUUAACUUUAUAACGUGCAGUUACUGUGGAAUGCAGCUGAAAGUCAUCAGAUAGCACAGUCACUAAUUAAACCAUAACACCUGGAGUGGUUUUUUUGAGUGCUUUGAGUGACAUUAAAAUAUUCAUAAUUACAUAGAUGCAUUGUAUUGGAUUUUUGCAUUUAAUACGCCAGUAUCUACUAAUUAAUUUAAGCAAAUACUAAUAUUUAUAUUUAUAAUGCAGGUUGGAUUUAUAACUACAGUCCAUGAAAGGUCAUUUAAAGUUAAAGGAUGAACAAAGAAAGACUAGCUGAUGUAGGUCUGCUGAUCCUGCUUAAAACUCCCCAAACUUUUCUGUUUAUACAGCUCGUGUUUACAUCCCAUAUGGUCCGAUAUCCAUGGUGGAAAUAUCUGCAAAAAUGUUCAUAUCUGCCCAUACCAGUAAUUGACUUUUAAGCUAAUUUCCUGCUGAUAAUAUUGUGCAUCCCUUCUAAAUUAGUCAGUAUGUCUCAUUUUUAAGACACUGGAGAACAUUCUGCUUCAUCUACAUGCAGAUAUUAUACUCAUAAGAAGCAACUCAGGCCAUGUUUUUGUCUAUUUAUGUCCUAAAAUACAGUGUUAAAGUGGACAUCUUGGAUGACGGUGGAUCUUUUAAGUGUAAUGAGAAACUUUAGACCAAAAUUAGACAAAUAAGCUUGCUUAGAUUUGAGUUUUUGCAGUGCAUUGUCAGACAGCUAAACAAGGGACGAAACAAACACUGCACUUACAGGCAGAUGCGGCGUAAAUAUAAGGAUCUAAUAACCACGACGUUUAACAAGUGAGCAGCUGGUUCAUGUUACAGUUGCAGAUCAAGUUUCUAUUUCAGUAGAAACAUCCAGAAACAGCCUUCCCAAAACUGACGAAUCACCACCGUGCUUUAUUCCGCUCUGCUGUUAUUUCUCAUCUCGUCUGUUCAGAACGUGAGAGGGAGCAAAGUUACAGAACGAGCGACAACAACAAUACCGGACUACAAUAAAAGAGACACAACAUGAGAUAAGACUGUUCUCCUACCUCAGCCAAAAGGGAAAAGAAUCUUCAACUGACUGAAAACUCGCCAACAAAUGUGGCUUUUCCUGUUUUAUUUUGAUGUGUGUAUCGUCUCUGAGCAUGUGUGAAUCCUGUUAUUUCCUCCACUGACAACGGUUGGAUCUGAAAAGAAACUCAUACGUUUAAUCCUGUUUUUGUACUCCUGAUGAAACUGUUGGUGUUGUAAAGCACAUUAGUGUGGGUGAUUUCUCCUUUUUAAAGGGAAAUAAAUGAAAAAAAAAACAGGAUUUAAAACAUUUAAGGGCAUUGAGGUUGUUGUGAAGGUACUCAUGAUAAAUUCUAGGUUGGAUAAAGAAAGGGACCCUCUCACAGAUCAUGUUUUAAAUCAUGUUUAAUGUCUCGUCUGGUUCUGUCUCGACACUAGCUUUCAUGUCUCGUGUUGUGUCUCCUGUUUUUGUAAUAAUGACUCAGUGUUGCAAAAUUUUAAGGUUAUUCUGGGAUUUUUAAACCUGGGCCUUAGAUUUUUAUUUAUAGUUUGAUAAAAAUAGCAAAUAGAUGCUGAAAAGUUUUGAUUUGCUCCUUUAAAUUUCUUCAUCCAGCAGCUUCAAAAACAGUUGUCACGGUUACAGCACAACCAUUGCACUAAUUAAAUAUAUAUUUUUAAUUCACUUUUAGACCUAAAAAUAUCAAAACAUAUUGAUAGAAUAUAAAGUCCAGGUUUGAAAUUUCGAGAAUGACUCUUUAAAUCUUGAUUUUUACUUUGCUUUCAUUGGAGACUUUCAGAGCUAAACCUGUAAUAAAAACGAUUAAUCAUCGAUAAGAUAAUGUCAAAAAAGAAGGGAUUUUUUCUUCUAUUGUGUUCUUUUGCCAAUUUUUACCCAGAAUACUUCGUUACCCUAAAAAGAGUUUUUAUGUCAUUUACAUGACAAUCACUGUUACUGAAGCUGCCUUUGAACUAGAGUUUGUAGCAAACAGCAACUCUUUUAGUUUUUAUCAGUGUUGCUUUGAAAAGUUUCUUGAAAUCAGUGGUUCUCAUCGGGUUUAUCCACCACCGACCAAAAUGUCUGGAAAUGUUCAACCAGCCAAAUUAUUUCAAUGGAAAUUAUUGAAAAUGACAGAUUGGACCUGAGAUGGAAGAAUGAACAAAGGUACAGGACAGAAACAAACAUGUUACAGAAGCCCUGGGAGGACAUGCAUAGUUUUAUUUUGCUCUGUUUUAUGUGAUAACGUGAACAUUUUGAUUGUUUUUAUGAGGUCUAGUGCAGAAGUUAUUAUGUGGAAAACAGUUUUUUAUCCCAAAAUAACAAAAUUAUUUAAAUCUUAAGAAAAAAACUGAAAUUUACACGCCAUAACAACAAAAUGAGAAAAUAAAUGGAUGCAUGUCCACCUAGGGCUUCUGUACACAAAUUUUGUGACCCACUCUUGGGCCCUGACCCUCCAGUUGAGAACCGCUGCUUUAAGUAGAUACUAUGGUGUUGUCCCCUCUGCUGCACUUGUCUAAAGACUUGCUGACAAACCUUCCUGAUGAUUAGAGUAAAGACUCUCUGAGCUGCACAUUGACGACAUUGUUGCACUCUGACCCUCCUAACUUGGGCUGUUGUCUCAUCACUGCCGCACUUUAUACUUGUGAAUUAAGAGUUUAAGUUCUUUUGGUAAAAAAUAAACAUGUUAGAGAGCAACUGCUUUGUUUAUGAAAUGAUUUUAAAAUGUGAUUUCUCCAUCCCCUGUAUAAUAAAAUGAAAUAAAAAAU